UCCAAACCGCGCCCUUUGCGUUGCGCUGUGUUUGUGAAAGCGAACUCGCAUUUCCUCCCAGGUCUUCUCCCGGCCGCCCAUGAACGCAGCGGUAAUCCGACCCCGCCCCCUCGCUUCCUGCGCUCGCGCCGCCACUUGAACUGUAAACUUCGCUCGAGACCCUCGACAGACGGAGGACGUCACUCCUGCUCUGUGGUUCCUCGGAUCGGUUGGUUUCCAUGGAGUCGGUGAACGAGUGGAGUCCGCGGCAGGUGUCGGCCUGGCUGACAGGUCUGGACGACUGUCUGCACCAGUACAUCCAGAGCUUCCAGAGGCAGCAGGUGAAUGGAGAGCAGCUACUCCGCCUGAGCCACCAGGAGCUUCUGAGCCUGGGCCUGACCCGGGUGGGGCACCAGGAGUUGAUGCUGGAGGCUGUGGAUCUGCUGUGCGCGCUGAACUCGGGCGUGAAGUCAGAGCAGCUGAGGAGCGUGGUGGCCAAGAUGCGAGCGGCGCACCGUGGCCUGAGCGCUGCCGUGUCCCAGCGACGGAAGAACCCGGAGCCUCAUGUCACCCACCGGCCCUCCAACCAGUUCCUGACCGCCGUAGUGGAGCUCAUCGCCGCGGCCAAGAGCCUGCUGGCCUGGAUGGACAGAUGCACAGCAGCCAGCAGCGACAGUGUGAGUGACUCCAAGAGCAGGAUCGUCCGUCUGUGUCUGGAACUGACCUCUACCGUCCAGAAGGACUGCAGCAGCAUGUGCCACAUGGAGGAGAAGAUUCUGGAAGUGUCUCAGGCUCUGAGUGGUGAAUGUGACCAGACACUCCAGAUGACCUCUGACCCCGGCGAAAGUGAGGCAGCCGUUUUGGAGGAAGUUCACAUCACCGACGUGCGACCAGGACAGGGGCUGGUGAGACCCCCCCUUCCUCGUCCGUGUGCACUCCUCUUCUCCAUGUUGGUCUCUUCUUCUCAGGGUAUCUACAUCAAGUCCACGUACAACGGACUCCACAUCAUCACAGGGACAACUGAGAACUCUCCAGCUGAUCAGACUGGCAGGAUUCACGCGGGCGACGAGGUGGUGCAGGUCAACUGUCAGACGGUGGUGGGCUGGCAGCUGCGGCACCUGGUGGCGACGCUGAGGGCUGGGUCUGGAGGCGUCACGCUGCUGCUGAAGAAGAGACCUGCUGGGACCUUCCAGCCCGCUCCCCUCAGGAACCUGCGCUGGAGACCGGCCCAGGUGAGCCCGGCUGCCUCGCCCACAUACUCCCACCGCCGCUGUCCACAGACCGUCCAGGGCCUGCAGCUGGACUCGUCCCUCCCCCCUCCGCUUCAGGACGCUAACGCGAGGCACCGACAGGCUAAAGACCGCGGGACUUCAGAUGAGCUGAGGGAGGUUCGGCUGCGACCUCUGACCUCUGCUCGCUCCAGACCCCGGCCUGUCUCCAUGCCUGUCGAACCCGUGUCCGGUGUGCUUCAGCUCGCAGGACGCCGAGCAGUGCCAGGGCAUCGAGGACAGGAAGUGCUGCGCAGACACCUGAGCAACGAUGGCAUCAGCGCCAUCGCAGAGGAGGCGCCGUGCUUCCCGCCGCCGCAUCGUGGUGCCCUGUCCGUCCGUGGGGUCGACCACAUCAGAGGCAGCCGGUGCUUAGUCAGCACCGACCUGAACCAUGGCGUUGCAGCGGCACCCAAGGAGGCCACACCCCCUGCGGCUCGGCCCAACAGCAAAAACAAGUCGCUGCUGGGUAGCUGGUUCUCGCGCCUGCGACUUCUCAGCCACUGAGGCAGCAUCUGACGGGGGCCAGCUUCCUCAUAGGGACCACGUCCCCGAAACCUGCCACACAUCAGUUGCCUACAUGCAUGAUGGUGGACCUGCUGUGGAUCCCGCAGCCUGAUGUGCAGGCUAACACUUCACAAGUGACAUCCCUGAGCGGAGACGCAAACGUUCCACACAAGUCACUGCAGAGGAACGAGCCGCUGAAAUAUGUGGCAGUUGAAAUAAACGUUGGAAUGUCAAGUGCUGCUUCGGUCAUUUCCUCACCUAACGUCCAACCAAGCGCUGACGCGCCUCAUCUCUCUGGGUUGCCUGCAGUGACGAUCCUAUCCUGCAGUGGCCCUCACCACCUGCCCAUCAUCAUGGUUGAGGAUGGGCGGAGCCGGGCACAGGCACCGCAGGACCGGACCGGUGCCAAAGGGUCACACAUGCGCCUCGUGACUUCCACCACCUGCUCUUCACUGCCCCUGGCGGCCCUCACACAGAAGACGAAUGGAAACGGAUGAACUGUAAAGAACUUUAUUUUGUCUCCUGGGUUCACAGCUGGAAGUCAGGGAAUUCAAACACCACAUCUUUGCCUGUGAGCUUCUUGUAGACGCCAGAGAACGUCUCCACCUGGUGGACAAACAAGGAAGCGUCAAGCACAGUUCUGGAGCAGCAGGGGGUGUCUCCCGCAUGGUUUGACUCCUCAGACACAGGAUUCUGGGAAGUUGUAGGAAUAUACAGGAGGCCCUUUCCUCUCUGGCAGGAGCCAGGGGGCAGGGCUUAGUGUGCGACAGCGUGGAACGGGACUGUACGUCUCAGCUCAGGGCUACGCUCCCAUACGCCACUGGGGCAGAACCAGAACCUGGAGCUGCUCCUGUCGCAGAGCGAGUGUGUGUGUGUGUGUGUGUGUGUGUGUGUGUGUGUGUGUGUGUGUGUGUGUGUGCGUGCACUCACUUUGUGUUCCACGUUGUUCUGCUGGGCCUUGUCCAAGUGGACCUUAAUGAGGCGGCUGCUGUCCAGUUUCACCCGGAUCCUCUUUCCUACAAUCUCAC